AUGCAAGAAAUUGUGGAUCUAAUACUAAACAAUGGAGAUGAGGCCAUAUGCAGACGAGGUGCCAUUUUUGAGAGAGUUCCAUUUAUUGAGUUGAUGUGUGCAAUGAAGCCAGGUAAGUGUUUAUUGACCUAUGUUUCUUUGACUUACAAGAUGGUUAAAUUUAGUGUCACCAUUCACUCACACGGCAAUCACUAUACACAUAGACACUACAUGCACUAUAUAUUCAAACACUGCAUGCACUACACACACACACACUGCAUCCACUAUACACAUUAAAUCCCCUACACUCACAUAUAUUACAUUCCCUUAACACAUACAAGCACUACAUCCCCUACACACAUACAUUACAUUCCCUAAACACAUACCACACCCCUAUACACACACACACACACACACACACUUGCUGCAUCCCUCUAUACACACACACACACACACACACACAUUACAUGCCCUAUACAUAAACUAACGUUUACUGUAAUUAUGAUACAGGUUGUUUUAUUUUUUCCCUUAAAUUUCUAGUCAAAAUAUAUGGGUGCGUCUUAUAUUCCAGUGCAUCCUAUAUUCCGAUAAAUAUGGUAUUCACAUUUCUUACCUACAAAUGUUCAAACUUGACAAAAAUUUGACACUCUCCGCUAGCUUUUAUCAAAAGAAAAUUUACCCGUACCCUCCUCCCCUAAGUAUUUAACGAAGAUAGAAUUAAUGAAUCACUCAUAUUGACUGUAUUGGAAUUUCACUGAUGGUGAGAGAGAGUGCCGCUUUAAGACAGUUAAGCUCAUGUUUACUGGAUUGAAGUAAAUGUGGCAUUAGCUAUUGUUUAACUAAAGUUUGCAAAUGCCAUCAUGUGUGUUAAGAGUGUUUAUUUUGUAGGUCAUUUAAAGUUAGUAAAACAGGAUAAAAUCAUACUACUUGUUCUUCAGUGUGGGAGUCUAGGCAGCUGCGGGCAAAGAUUAAACCGGAAUUUGUGGAAAUGUUAUUAAAAAAAUUCUAAAUAGCCUUUCCCCCCCUAAUUUAUUUAGGUCAAAUUGAAAAUUUAUUUCAGAUUUAUAAAGGGGAGCUGAUAUUUCCAAUGGUUUUUAAUGUGUCAGGUAUGAAAAAUACAUCUAAUUAUAAAAAUCCACACUACUGCAUUUACCUCUAUUCUGGCGAUGACCACCUCCAUCUUGGCUCCCUGUCAGAAUUCCCUAAAGUGGGGUUUGCCAAAAGCGGAACUCUUGGGAUGCCUGCUCUGAUGGAGUGGAACAAGCUCCCAAAGAAUGAUUAGAAUUGCAGGAGCAAACACAACAGCGGUCUGAUCACGCUCAGGAAGGUGUAGUAUGUGGUUCAAGACAAGCAUGAGGAUUUCUACUCUAGAGUUCGAGACAAUAGUCUGGAAUGUAACAAGUAAACUCUCCAAUACUGGUCCUCUACUUGAAUUUCACCUGGCAUGUCCAGAUCUCCAUCCCCCUUCUCCUUAGUGUCAACAUCAGCUUCUCACCACAGUGUCACCUUCUCCCCUUCAACCCAAGUGUCACAGUUCACCCCUUCAGCCCAGUGUCAUCAUCACCCUCUCAUUCCAGCAUCUUCAUCUCCUCUUCACCGCAGUGUCACCAUAAACCUCCCCCAAACCAUUUCAUAUUUCUCAAUAAUACAACACAGUUACUAUGACAUUUGUCUUGCAGCUAUAAACAUUGUUAGAAUGAAUACUUAUUUUAUUUCUAAUUAUGUGAAUGCAUUUAUAAGAAACAUGCCUACUCACCUUUCCUAAAUUAUAUGCCUGCCUCGUUUUCCUCUUUUCAUUGUAUAAGAUUUGGAAGCGAUUAAUGCAAUGCCUUCACCACGAGCCUUAAAGACCCAUCUGCCUAUACAACUUGUGCCAGACUCAUUUUGGAAACACAACUGCAAGGUAUGCUGUAAUUUUUGUUUUAGGAUAUGGGUCCUCAAAGCCAUUUUUGAAAAGUUUGACUUCUUACCUGGGUCCACUGGGCACUAAUCCUCACUAUUCUAAAUUUGGCGACCUUUUAUUAAAUGGGUAUUUUUGCAAAAUAAUUACAGAAUCUAGGUAAAGAAAAGCCAACACAUUUUAGGCCACUAUUAGAGCGAUAUAAUAACUACGAAUGGCUUACAGACCAAAAUAGACAAGAAAACAUUUUUCUUAACACUUUCAUAAAUCACCAUCAUAGUUACUAUAAACAACAUUAAAAAAAAAAAAAAAAAAAGUAAUUUUGUGGGAAAAGUUAAAAAAUAUAGAGGAGUCACCAUAGAAACCAAUGGAUGGAAUAUUGCUGCAGACUAUUUAGCGAUUGCCACUUGCUAGCUGCUAUAUUUACACGUAAUGGGGGGAGAUUUAUUAAAGGGUCAUUAUCUGAAAAGAGUAAAUUACUAAAAGUGAGACGAUCGCUGUGGAAACAGCAAACACAAUCCACUGGUGAUCACUCCACUUUUACAACUACUUUAUAGACCAUAACAUUUUCACAAAUCUCCCCAAAUGUUUCAUGUCUGAAGUGGUGGGACACCAACAGAACACAUGUUUGCCAAUGAUUAUUGAACCACUCUUCUGAUCUUCUCUACCAUUGGUAACUAAAUGUAUAUUUCCUUCCUGUUAAAGGUGAUCUAUGUGGCUCGAAAUGCUAGGGAUACGGUCACCUCCUUCUAUCAUUUUGAACAUAUGGCUCUAAUCCAUCCAGAACCAGGAACAUUUGAGGAAUAUCUAGAAAGAUUUAUGAUUGGUGAUGGUAAGAAGGAGAAGAACACACAGUGAUUAAGAAAACGGUAUUCACAAACAUCUGUCAUGUCACAAUGGCCUAUGAUUAAGCGCCAAACAUGUAAACGUGUGUUCCAUUUCGAUAGCUUGGAAUAUCUAUAAACAAUCCAGAUGUUCCACGGGCUUCCCAUUAACUGCCUCGCAAAGAUCUUAGCACCGUUACAGUGUUCUCGAAAUGUGAGCUUUGGUAGACACAUACCUUUCCACACUUCCUCCCUCUAUACCUUCUCACCUAUAAUACCAUCUUUCGAGGUAUCACAUACCUCCGCUCCAGAUGAAUCAUUACACGUCUCAUACCCACUUACUGUUACUCAGUCAUGUGAAAAUGUCUGUAUUGCACUAGGUUAUAUUUGUUGAGCCUUGCAUGGCCAUGUGACUGUUAACUACGUAGCACUGAUACCUGCGAGUCUUAUUCAUAUGGCAGCGUAUGUUGACUUGAACCAUACCUGCAUAUAUUACUCAAUAAAAUCCAAUUUGAGCAUUAAAAAAAUGUUUUCACAUUUUGGUUUAAUAAAAAGUAAGGGUUAUGUUCCUAAGAUAAAGAACAGCUGUAUAAGUCUAUUCAGCAGAGGAAUUGGAAAUACACCUUUAAGGCUUUAAUGCCAACUCAUCUACUAAUUGGAAUGCUUUCCUGUAAAGCCAAACACUUCCAAAGAUAAUAUUUAUUUUAACACAAGUGAACAUUUCAUUUGCAGCUGAAAAUCACACAACAGUCAUAAUGAAAAAAAUUCUAUUAUAAUGAAAAGACAGGGAUUACAUUACUUUUUCAGUUGCCAAAAGAUAAUCUUACGUGUCCAUUGAGAUUCUUCUGCCCACUUAAAAUGCCUCUUCUUAUGUCAGACUCCUUCAAAUCCCUCUAUUAAUAUUCGCUACAGAUCACACUACCUAAACCAUUUGCUCUCAUCAGAGAACCCUUUGACCAAAUAAGAUCUUAAAAGAUCUCCUACCAACUCCAGAGCACUCAAGAUCCAUAAAUACAUUUAAGGACCCUCUGCCAAUUCCAACCAAGGUUAAUUCAAAUUCUUCUACAGAUUUCAGAACACACAUAUGAAACAUUCUAGAUUCCCAUAUAAAUGUGAGAUAACUUAAUCAGCUUAAGAACCCCCUAUCAACUUCAGACACCCAAGAUCGCUCCUUGUACGUCAAACCAUGAUCAUCAUCAAAUGCCUCUCCAUCCCCCAGUCCACCUCAAACCUGCUACUUUCUUUGCAUGCUUCGGUGCAUCCCAGCAUUUCUAUGUACUGUUUUUAUGAUUAAUUCCUUCUCAGACUAAAACAAACAAUUCAUGAAUUUUUUAUUUUGUGACUUCUAAAACAAAUUAAUGUCUUUAUCUUUUUCAUAGUUGGCUGGGGAUCUUGGUAUGACCAUGUGAAAGGAUUUUGGGAGCAGAAAAGCCAACGCAAUAUUUUAUACCUGUUCUAUGAAGAUCUCAAACGGGUGAGAAACAUUAAGAUUUCUUUUGUCAGUGACCGGCUCUAAAUCAGUCCUUGUGUUAUUAUUAUUGCCAUUUAUAUAGCGCCAACAGAUUCCGUUGCGCUUUACAAUAUUAUGAGAGGGGGGCUUUAACUAUAAAUAGGACAAUUACAAGAAAACCUACAGGAACGAUAGGAUGAAGAGGACCCAGCUAAAAUGAGCUUAAAGUCUAUAGGAGGUGGGGUGUAAAACACAUUAAGACCGGAAAUAGCAAUCAAAAUAGGUGGGAGUGAAGAAGAACUGCAAGAGAGAGUUUAGUGCUGCCCAUUAGGAGAGAGAGCAAGAGACAGGUAUGUGAGGGUAGAGGUCAGAGCUGGCGUUACCUGUUAGGUGGACUAGGCAGCCGCCUAGGGCGCCCCUUGGGAAGGGGUGCCGCCAGGAGCGCCGGCCCCCCUCUCUGUAGAGAGCCUCAGGCGGCUGCAGCUUUGCCCGGGCUGGUGCGUCCAUGAGGGCGCACCACCCGGGCGCAGCAUGAGGAGAGGGGCUGACAGGAGGGAAACGCUCAGCGCUCCCUCCUGUCACUCCCUCACUGUAGCGUGGCCGAGCUCUGUAUGGUCCACGGGUACAGGGAGCAUCUGUCUCCUGUUCCCUGGCCGGACUAACAGGAAGUGCACACUCGGAGCAGGGAUAUGGGAUGAUAGUUAGAGGAAGAGGACGCGUCGAGAGAUGUUUUUUUCAGGAUAGGUACUACAGUGGCAUGUUUAGGGUCAGCAGGGACAAUACCAGAAGAGAGAGAGCAGUUGGAGUUGUGUGUUAAGGGAGGCACAAGACAAGGGGAUAGAGAUCUGAUAAGGUGAGAUGGGACAGGAUCAAGCGGGCAAGUGUUGGGGGGGUGAGAGGAAAGGAAAAGCGCAGCCACCUCUUGUUUAGCAGCCAGGGAGUAAGUCUGAAGGGUAGGAAAGACAUGCUCUACGUGUGGUUGAGAAGGAGAAAGGCAGGGUGGGGAGAAUUCUUUACUUAGCUGUUCAAUCUUGUUGGUAAAGUAGCAUGCAAAGUUAUCGGCUGUAAGGUUAGUUUGAGGGGCGGCCACAGCAGGCCACAGAAGAAGAAAGUUAAAGGUGUCAAAGAGAUGCCUCGGAUUGUGGGAGCAUGAACUAAUGAGAGGAAAAGUACAACUGUUUGGCGAGGGCUGCGCUGUAUGAACACAAUAUGAAUCUAUAAUGGAGAAAGUCUGACUGGGUGCAAGACUUCCUCCAGGAGAGUUCAGCACAACAAAAGCAUCUUUGCAGGUAGCGUGUUGAUUUAGUAUGCCAUGGUUGGGGGUUGUCAUCCUCGAGGUGCAUGUUUGGAGCGGGGCUGCAGUGUUCAAGGCAGAGGUGCGGGUAGUGUUAUAUGUGGAGAUGGCCAGUGAGGGACAGGAGAGGGAAGGGAUGGAUAGGAGUUGUGAAUCAAUGUCAGCUGACAGCUGCUGGAGGUCAAUAGAAUUAAAGUUUCUCCUGAGUUGAGGGGGGUUAGGCUGAGGUUGUUGGGUGAGGGGGUAUUCAAGAGCAAAUGAUAAGAGGUGGUGGUCAGAGGGAAAAUGGAGUGGAGUUAUUGCCAGCUACAUGAGAAUUAGCCCACUGCGAUAGCCCAAGGGAGGAAGUAAUUGAAAGUAGUUUAGAGGCUACUGAGGUCAUGGGUGGGUUAAUGGGAAUAUUGAAGUCCCUGAGAAUUAGGGAUGGUAUGUUAGAGGAGAGGAAGUAGGGUAGCCAGGCAGCAAAGUGGUCAAGGAAGAGGAGAGGGGAACCAGGGAGGUGAUAAAUAACAGCUUAGCAAAGAAGGGUUUGAAAAGGCAAAUCGAAUGGAUUUCAAUUGAUGAAAAAAAGAGGGGGUGGGGGGGUGGGUAGAGGUUUGAAAGAGCAGAAACCUACACCAUCACCUUUACAUUCAGAGUGUCUUGGGUUGUGGGUAAUUGAAGGCCACCAAAAGAUAAAGAUACAGGGGUAGCAGUGUCAGAGAGGGAGAGACAUGUUUCUAUUAAGGUUAGUAAGUCUAGGGAAAGAGAGAUGAACAGGUCAUGGACAGCAGUGGAUUUGUAAUAUUGCAGACAGAGCGUGUUAUGGGACUACCCUUACAGGGAGUGCAGAAUUAUUAGGCAAAUGAGUAUUUUGACCACAUCAUCCUCUUUAUGCAUGUUGUCUUACUCCAAGCUGUAUAGGCUCGAAAGCCUACUACCAAUUAAGCAUAUUAGGUGAUGUGCAUCUCUGUAAUGAGAAGGGGUGUGGUCUAAUGACAUCAACACCCUAUAUCAGGGUGUGCAUAAUUAUUAGGCAACUUCCUUUCCUUUGGCAAAAUGGGUCAAAAGAAGGACGUGACAGGCUCAGAAAAGUCAAAAAUAGUGAGAUAUCUUGCAGAGGGAUGCAGCACUCUUAAAAUUGCAAAGCUUCUGAAGCGUGAUCAUCUAACAAUCAAGCGUUUCAUUCAAAAUAGUCAACAGGGUCGCAAGAAGCGUGUGGAAAAACCAAGGCGCAAAAUAACUGCCCAUGAACUGAGAAAAGUCAAGCGUGCAGCUGCCACGAUGCCACUUGCCACCAGUUUGGCCAUAUUUCAGAGCUGCAACAUCACUGAGUGCCCAAAAGCACAAGGUGUGCAAUACUCAGAGACAUGGCCAAGGUAAGAAAGGCUGAAAGACGACCACCACUGAACAAGACACACAAGCUGAAACGCCAAGACUGGGCCAAGAAAUAUCUCAAGACUGAUUUUUCUAAGGUUUUAUGGACUGAUGAAAUGAGAGUGAGUCUUGAUGGGCCAGAUGGAUGGGCCCGUGGCUGGAUUGGUAAAGGGCAGAGAGCUCCAGUCCGACUCAGACGCCAGCAAGGUGGAGGUAGAGUACUGGUUUGGGCUGGUAUCAUCAAAGAUGAGCUUGUGGGGCCUUUUCGGGCUGAGGAUGGAGUCAAGCUCAACUCCCAGUCCUACUGCCAGUUCCUGGAAGACACCUUCUUCAAGCAGUGGUACAGGAAGAAGUCUGCAUCCUUCAAGAAAAACAUGACUUUCAUGCAGGACAAUGCUCCAUCACACGCGUCCAAGUACUCCACAGCGUGGCUGGCAAGAAAGGGUAUAAAAGAAGAAAAUCUAAUGACAUGGCCUCCUUGUUCACCUGAUCUGAACCCCAUUGAGAACCUGUGGUCCAUCAUCAAAUGUGAGAUUUACAAGGAGGGAAAACAGUACACCUCUGAACAGUGUCUGGGAGGCUGUGGUUGCUGCUGCACGCAAUGUUGAUGGUGAACAGAUCAAAACACUGACAGAAUCCAUGGAUGACAGGCUUUUGAGUGUCCUUGCAAAGAAAGGUGGCUAUAUUGGUCACUGAUUUGUUUUUGUUUUGUUUUUGAAUGUCAGAAAUGUAUAUUUGUGAAUGUUGAGAUGUUAUAUUGGUUUCACUGGUAAUAAUAAAUAAUUGAAAUGGUAUAUAUUUGUUUUUUGUUAAGUUGCCUAAUAAUUAUGCACAGUAAUAGUCACCUGCACACACAGAUACCCCCCUAACAUAGCUAAAACUAAAAACAAACUAAAAACUACUUCCAAAAAUAUUCAGCUUUGAUAUUAAUGAGUUUUUGGGUUCAUUGAGAACAUGGUUGUUGUUCAAUAAUAAAAUUAAUCCUCAAAAAUACAACUUGCCUAAUAAUUCUGCACUCCCUGUAUAGUUAUCAACUAAAAUCCUUUUCACCAGAAAUGGCAAGUGGCUGGAGAUACUAAUAAGCCAUGGUGAUUGUGACGGAACGCUGGCACUCCGACCGAGUACCUCCGCCAAUCGAUGCUCCUAACGCUUGCCGAGGACUCCAAGCACUCCAACUGACACCAUCAGCACUGCAGACCACACUUCCAGCGAUGCAGCUGUGCCGGGGUCUCACCGUCCUUCACCCACCCUGGACCCAGCUUCCAGUGGGCAGGCCUCUCUCUGUAACAGUCACCAGGGGACUUAUGGAACAGUUUACCAGGAGUUGGAGCCCAGUUGCAGGAGAUGGCACAGGAAGCAGGCAAAGUCCAAAACACAGUACAGAUUAAGGGAAAAUCCAAAGGCAGGGUCAGGCGAGAAGCAGAAGUCAGGACUGGCAGCGGAGAAACAAAGUCGCUAAAUCAGGCAGAGGGCAGAGUCCAGGAAAUCAGUCAGUAGUAAAUCAAAGAUCUGUCAGGAAACACUAAACAGGCAAAAUGACCAGACAGCUGACCCUAAUUGGAAAAGGGCUGCAGGUGGAUCAGUGCUGCUUAAUCCAGGGCAAGGUGGUCAGGAAGCAGAACCUGACUGGCAUGCUGCAGCUGUGAGUUCAAACCCAGCCAGGUCUCUUAAAGGGGUGGCCACACCUUGCCGUCUGCAGGACUCAGGCUGUGUUGUGACAGAGCCCCCUCACAAGGAGCGACCUCCGGGGGUGACCAGACAGGGCUUCAACUAGUCCAGUUCCGGUUCAGACAGGAAAUCCAGGUCUGUAUAGGUAUCAGAAUCAUCAGGAUCUGAGAGGGUUGUAACAUUUUGCAGAUUGUUAUUCUUUGAGAAGGCAGUAGAGGCAAGGAGGUGAGAGGGGGAUGCAGCUCUGGCCUUAAAAGCCUGCUCAAAGACCUUUAGAUCUUGCCUGCGGACCACGGUUCCAUUGGAGGCAAUUACACAGUCUGGGGACAGAUCCUCUGUGUUAGAGCAGGAAACGUUAGGAGACAGAAGCUGAAGAUUGGAAGGUAGCCACAGCAGCCUCCUUUGAGACUCUGGAACAGGAGCAGGGUUAGCAAGGGCUGUGAUGAUGCCAUUGGUCUGGUUAGGUGGUCUUUGCGGUCCAGUAGCAUGCAAAGUUGAACAAAAAAGAGGCCAUGAUGGACUUGUAGGAUGGUGACACAGAGUCCCCACAUGGCUAUGUUUAGGACGAGGAGGACAUAUCAAUAGCUGAUGUAGUGGCCUCCCUUGCCACAAUAGAAGCAACGGCCUUUGGCUCUCCUUCUGCCUUUUUUAUUUACCGUGAGCAUGGUAUUCAGUGUUCCAAUUUGCAUGGGUUCCUUUGUGUCCAUGGUGGGGAUAGGGGUAUAGGUCUCACCAGCAGGUUUGGAACGUUGAUGGGACAAAAAGCUGGUUUCAUAUUGCUCCCGCUUUCUUUCUCUGAACCGGCGAUCUAGCUGGGUGACUAGAAGGAACAGAUCUUCCAAUUAAGUGGGUACCCCAAUUCUGGCUAGUUCAUCUUUUAAUGCCUCAGACAGACCCAAUCUGUAUUGCUCUAUUAGACCAGGUUUGGGGUUUACCUGACAGUAGGGCAAUAGUAGUGCGAACCUUCACAUAAUCAUUGGGGUAUGUGCAUGGUUUUAAAGUGAAGAGCAGUUCGCAGGCUGUGAUAAAGGAUCACACUUCAGUCCUUUUCCCAGUGAACUUGUCAGGUAAUGCAAUAUCAGGUUCAGGAGCAUGGUGUGUGUUCCCCUUUAACUCAGAAAAAUCACCCUGCAAUUCACUUACGGUUUGAGACAGGAGAGUCACUUGCUGUGUGAGGGUACUCAGGGCAUUCAUCAUCUCCGCAGGCUCCAUGGUAAGGAUCUGGUCAUUAUGUAACAGUCUUACCCCUAUAUAAAUAUCGUAUAUAUCACUUUAACAGCAUAUAUAAUCUAGAACAGAGAAAUACACAUCAUAGUGCAGAAUGAUUGUAAAAUGUGUAUGGAAUGGAGGAGAGUGUAAGUCCAACUCACAUGGCACAGAGCCUAAGGAUUGGCUCGAAUCACAACAGCUUGGGUAUAUUUAGGCAAUACCAGACCUCCUCCCGAUAUGCAGCUCGCAGAAUAUAUGGAAGAGAAAAGAGGUAGAAUCACUAAAAAAAUCAGUAAAAUACCAAAAUAAAAGUCUCCAGAGUGGUCUUCCUCAAAUCCGAGAUCGGACUUUUAUUUUGGUAUUUUACUGAUUAUAGCUUUUAUCUAUUACUUUGUUUUUUAAAAUAAAUUUGUUAUUUUUAUAUAUACAUACCUGUAAGUGGAUCUUCUACUGCUUCCUGUAUUUCAUCAAAGAAGGGUAGUGCCUCCCUUAAAGGCACAGUGGCGCGUAUAUAUAGAGCCUAAUAUUAUCGGCUCUAUUUCAGGUGAGCACUUUCAUAUGAUUUUUUGUGAUCACUCUUCCUACCAUACGUAUUUGCACUAGGAAUUCUACCUCUUUUCUCUUCCAUAUAUUCUGCGAGCUGCAUAUCGGGAGGAGGUCUGGUAUUGCCUAAAUAUACCCAAGCUGAUUCGAGCCAAUCUUUAGGCUCUGUGCCAUGUGAGUUGGACUUACACUCUCCUCCAUUCCAUACACAUUUUACAAUCAUUCUGCACUAUGAUGUGUAUUUCUCUGUUCUAGAUUAUAUAUGCUGUUAAAGUGAUAUAUACGAUAUUUAUAUAGGGGUAAGAUAUUUCCCUAUCUCUAGCGCUCCACAGAGUGAUCUUUGUGGUGGUAGUACAUCUACGAAGUUCACACUCUUUUUUCACAUAUCUGUUUGUGUAGGAUUGGGAUACCUGCACGUGUGUUGAGCUGCUGUUUUUAAUUUGCAUUUCCACUAAGCGCCUAUUUACACUGAGCACUUUUUUCUGUAUUAUGUAACAGUCACCUGGGGACUUAUGUAACAGUUUACCAGGAGUUGGAGCCCAGUUGAAGGAGAUGGCACAGGAAGCAGGCAAACUCCAAAACACAGAACAGAUUAAGGGAAAAUCAAAAGGCAGGGUCAGGCGAGAAGCAGAAGUCAGGGCUGGCAGCGGAGUAACAAAGUCGGUAAAUAAGGCAGAGGGCAGAGUCCAGGAAAUCAGUCAGUAGUAAAUCAAAGAUCUGUCAGGAAACACUAAACAGGCAAAAUGACCAGACAGCUGACCCUAAUUGGAAAAGGGCUGCAGGUGGAUCAGUGCUGCUUAAUCCAGGGCAAGGUGGUCAGAGUCCAGGAAAUCAGUCAGUAGCAAAUCAAAGAGAAAUGCAAACAGAAACUAAAGUCCCCUGGUGCAUGUCAUGGCAGAGAACCUGACUGGGAUGCUGGAGCUGUGAGUUCAAACCCAGCCAGGUCUCUUAAAGGGGCAUCCAUGCCUUGCUGACUGCAGGGCUUGGGCUGUGCCGUGACACUCUCCCUCCACAGAGCAUAGCAGGAACAAGAAUAGCUCUUACAAGAGCUUACCCUGGGGAGUAUAGUGUGAUUAUAGCAAUCCCCAGAGUGUAGUUAUCCAUUCCCCCAAGCAUGAGCCAAGGCCUCAAGAAAGGGUCAAGAAGGUCUGUUUAAUGAGCACCAAAGGACUUUCUUUUAUACAAGAUUUUCCACAAGACGCAUUUUCUCAUGGAACUAAAGGGGCAGAAAAAGUGUGUUACAAUCCAAUAUGCCCAAAUAAUGUUUUUAAAGGGCCAUACACCCCAGGGCCAUAGUCAUAAGGCAAGAUGCUGGCAAUCAGGCUCAUCCAAAAGCCAGGGGAAAAGGGAAGUUUGUUGCAUAAAAAGCCAGUGACAAAGGGCUGUUUGUCACGGUGAUUAAGUCUCAUGCUACAGAUGCAGAUUGGCACUAAAGAGGUAUUUCUAAAUAUAUUCGAAAUAUACACUGCUCAUCCACAACAUUAAAACCACCUGCCUAAUAUUGUGCCUCCAAAACAGCCCUGAUGUGUCGAAGCAUGGACUCCACAAGACCUCUGAACGUGUCCUGUGGUAUCCAGCAAGUCUUUAGCAGUCCUGCACAUUGCGAGGCAGGGCCUCCAUGGGUCGGUUUUGUUGUUCCAGCACAACUGACAGAUGCUCAGAUUGAUAUCUGGGGAAUUUGGAGGCCAAGGCAACACCUUGAACUCUUUGUCAUGUUCCUCAAACCAUAACUGAACACUUUUUGCAGUGUUGCAGGGUGCAUUAUCCUGCUGAAAGAGACCACUGCCAUAAGGGAACACCAAUGCCAUGAAGGUAUGUACGAUGUAGAGAGGCAAAUACAUAUCCAGCAAUCUCUCAGUGGAUGUUGACACGUACUCCUCUUUGUCACCAUUUUAUCUCUUUCUAAGUUUCCUUUUCUCCCUUACCCUCUCACUUUGUUUCUUUUGUAUUUUUCUUGAUUUUGUAAAUUUAUAUAAAUUUACCACCCAAGUAAACUAUCUUGAAAUUUUAAAAUAUUAAAGAAAAAUAUAUUCCAAAGAAACAAAUUAUAUAUCUCUGUGUGAUCUGUGUUUCUAGAACACAAUUUAUUUUGCUCACCGUUCCCACCCUUUUUACUUUUCUGUUAUUUAGAAUUUGCUCGAAGAAGUUCGCAAAGUGGCAAGGUUUUUGAAUAAAGAUUUUUCUGAGGAUGUACUGAAAAAGAUUGCACAUUUAAGCUCUUUUGAUCAGAUGAAGGGUAAUCCCAUGGCCAACAACUCGACCUUCCCGAAGGAUAUCCUGAACCAGUCAGAGGGGAACUUCAUGAGAAAAGGUUAGUAGAGCAGUAUCAUAACACACAGAUCUUGUUCUAAAUUAAAGGGACCCUUUAAGCAUUUAAACUUGGUUUAGUGUUUUAUGCCUUUUUUCAUUUUACAGAAAGUGCAGAUUUCAAUAAAAAUUAGAAUUUUAAAAAUUAACUUUGUUACACCUCCAUGGCUGUCAAUUAGACAUCCAGUCCUGUUACUUCCUGGUUUGGUUAGCUCAGUGAAGCUGAACUCAAGAGGCAGCAAUUGCCCAGAGCACAUGCCUUGCAAAUACUUUUUAUUGAGCUGCAUUGGAAAGUCUGUGAUUGGACAGCCACAGAAAGUCUGGGCGGGGUUAGAGGGGGAGGGCUUGUAAAGGCGACAGACAAGACCUUCAGCUUUUGCAAGCUAUUUUUAGAUAAACUCCAAAUAGAAAAAAGUAUAUUUGAAUGUAUGCAGGUUUAGAAUUCACAAGAUGAUUGCUAGAUAGGUUAAAUUGACGCUAUAGGCUCCUAGACCACUUCAUCUCAUUAAAGUGGUCUGGGUGCAGUGUCCCUGUCCCCUUAAACCUGAAGUAUAAAAACAUUGCAGUAUACUGAACAGCCACUAGAGGCACUUCCUGGCUUCUCGCAGAAUAUAACUCCAUGAAGUGACGUUGGACAUCCUCAUGCUUUACGUCACUUUCAUGUACACGGGUGGGACCUAAAGUAAUAGAUACAGGGCAUACUAUUGCGUUAGGAAUACCGUUUUGUAUUCCUAACGAUAUAUUGUGUUCCUUUAACUGUUUAACGAAUAACUCGCAAAACAAGAAAAAUAUCAUUAAUAUGAGAAAUUAUAUAUUCAUUGCACAAUUAAAUAUAAAACAGAAAUGUAAACUGGUGAACCAUGACAGGGUUCAUUUAAGGAAAAAGAAAAUAUACAAGUCUGCAAACAAAAACCAGGUCAAUUCAGACUGGGUUUAUUUCUUUUGGGCAAAGUGCAGGAACAAAUUGUACAAUUAUGUUAAUAUUUUGGCAAAAGUAAUUCCGUUUUGAAAUAAACCUCCAAACAAGUGAGUUGUGACGAACUCCGUGAAUAGUGAGGUUUCAAUUGGCCGUGACCCUUCGAUGUUCCAUUACAGCCCUGUCCUUUCACCAUUGUUUAAUCUUGCACUUGGCCUCAAUUCAGUUUUACAGAGUGAGCUUUAAAUGUUACUUAGUGCUUCGGCUCACACAGAAGAUAUAGAUGUUACUCAAGUUUUAUGUAAUUUUGUUUAUUUCAUUUUUUUUGUAACGCUCACAUGGCAAAUCCAGUUGAAAUCUGAUGAUCCUGACGAGUUUGGACUGACCCUUUAACUGUUAGCAGGCAGGCACUGCACUCAUUGACCGAAAAGUAGGCCUGCCUAAUGUUCUGACAUAAAUAGGAAAUAUAAGAGUCGCUCAGUUUUAUAACAUAACAUAUAGAAAAGUCUAAACAGUCCGGAUUAUUUAUUUUGAAGCAAGUUUAAAAUCUUUUAAAGGAACACUAUAGUGUUAGGACUACAGCCACUAUAUCACUAUAGUGUCCCUCUGCGGGCAGUGUAAAGGGUUAAAAAAAAAGAUUCCAGCAAUGGACGGGCUCCUCCUCCGCCGGUGAGGGGAAUUUAUGGGCAUGCACAUAGUGCACUUAAAGGGACAUUAUAGUCACCUGAACAACUUCAGCUUAAAGAGACACUAUAGUCACCUGAACAACUUUAGCUUAAUGAAGCAGUUUUGGUGUAUAGAACAUGCCCCUGCAGCCUCACUGCUCAACCCUCUGCCAUUUAGGAGUUAAAUCCCUUUGUUUAUGAACCCUAGUCACACCUCCCUGCAUGUGACUUGCACAGCCUUCCAUAAACACUUCCUGUAAAGAGAGCCCUAUUUAGGCUUUCUUUAUUGCAAGUUCUGUUUAAUUAAGAUUUUCUUAUCCCCUGCUACGUUAAUAGCUUGCUAGACCCUGCAAGAGCCUCCUGUAUGUGAUUAAAGUUCAAUUUAGAGUUUGAGAUACAAUUAUUUAAGGUAAAUUACAUCUGUUUGAAAGUGAAACCAGUUUUUUUUUCAUGCAGGCUCUGUCAAUCAUAGCCAGGGGAGGUGUGGCUAGGGCUGCAUAAACAGAAACAAAGUGAUUUAACUCCUAAAUGACAGUGAAUUGAGCAGUGAAAUUGCAGGGGAAUGAUCUAUACACUAAAACUGCUUUAUUUAGCUAAAGUAAUUUAGGUGACUAUAGUGUUCCAUUAAUGAGGUUGUUCAGGUGAGAACUAUAGCUCCCUGCAGCCUUUCUCGUGUAUUUUCGGAGAAAAUACAGUGUUUACAUUGAAAGCUAGGAACACCUCCAGUUGCAGUCACUCAGAGUGAACCAGAGGGACUUCGGAGUUGAUGAAGGCAUAAUAUGCCUCCAUCCACUCAGAUCUGCUGUCAGCAGAGCACAGGGCAGCACUGUGCACAGGAUCCUGUGAUUCAGUAUCUCCUCCCUCUGCAUGCAGACACUGAACUUUCCUCAUAGAGAUUCAUUGAUUAAAUUCAUCUCUAUGAGGAGAUGCUGAUUGGCCAGGGCUGUGUUUGAAUCAUGCUGGCUCUGCCCCUGAUUUCCCUCUUUGUCAGUCUCAGCCAAUCCUAUGGGGAAGCAUUGUGAUUGGAUCAGGCUACAACUUCUGAUGAUGUCAGCAGACUGCUUGGUUUUCUGAGUCUAACAGCAUGCAGAGUUACAGCUUCUAGCUUGAAUACAGUAAGAUUUUUACUAUAUUUAUGGAGGCAUGAGGGGCCCAGGGGGGCUAGAUGGUGGUGUUAAAACUAUAGGGUCAGGAAUACAUGUUUGUGUUCUUGACCCUAUAGUGAUCCUUUAAGGACUUCCCCAUAGGAAGGUAUUGGCGCUUUUGGUUUUUUUCAACAAGCUGCUGGUCCUCACACAAAGUCUGUCUGCAGGAAGUGCAUCUAACGGCAGUAUUAACACUGUGAUGUAAACAUUGCAGUUUACAUUGUAGUAUCAAGGUAAAAAGGGACACUGCAAAAACCCAUUCUAAUGAGAUUAAGUGAUCUGGGAGUUUAGAGAGUCCCUUUAAUAGGGCAGUAAACUUUUUUUCUGGCUUUAGUCCUGCAAAAUAUGAUUUGCUUUAUUGACUUCUAUUUUUACGAUCUACGGUUUAGUAAAGCAAUGCAGCAAAACGACUUACCUCCUGACAUCAGAGUAUUAGUAAAUGAGACAAGUGAUCAAUGAUAUCUAUUGGAUAAAGAGGGGGCAGCACUGUGGAUUAUCACAAACUGAAUAUUUUGUAUGAACAUAUUAAUAAAAAUAUUACAAUUUAGAUGUCUCUUGCACUUAGAAUAUAUUUCCCAGAAUGCACCCGGUCUUUUUUUCCUAAUUUGCUGCACAUUUUGUUUUCAUUGGUAGGUACGGUGGGUGAUUGGAAGACUCUGUUUACCGAUUCACAGAAUGAACGCUUUGAAGAAAAUUAUCGUAAACAUAUGAGCGGCUGUUCUUUGAAAUUCCCACCAGCUAAGUGA